ACGGCAAGGGGCAAUAGAUGCUUGAUCAGUUGGAGAGUCCGCCUGUUCGCGCAGUGUGCCGCCCCCAUGAACUUCUGGAAAUGGGAACCCCGCUGCAAACCUACGCUGCUUCAAACCGCCUCCGUCUCCGGCCAUCGUCUCUCUCGCCUCUUGUUUUUUAGAGGGGUCGUUAAGGAAUUAAUGAUCCGAAGGAACCACCGUACUUCUCCAUAAGUUCAUUCGGCGUUUUCAGUACAUGCUUUACACCUGGACUUCCAUUGCAUGGGGAGAGCUCGCACUUUCUUUUGUCAUAUUUACUUUUCUCGAGGAUACUACCUGUACCCCUACUAAUGGAACAGGGUCACUCCAACGCUCUCAAGCAGCCAACCAGCACCACGUAACAUUUCCUUGAGGAACGCGACCAUUGCCGGCUCCCAACAAACAUGGACUGUUUUCCCAUGCUUUAUUUUCUGUCGAGACAUCAUGAUUCCUGGUAAUCGAAUGCUGAUGGUCAUUUUAUUAUGCCAAGUCCUGCUGGGAGAGAGCAACCAUGCUAGUCUGAUACCUGAGGAAGGGAAGAAGAAAGCACCGGGCCUGCAGAGCCGGACUGCUGGUCAGAGCCAUGAACUGCUGCGGGACUUUGAGGCCACGCUGCUACACAUGUUUGGACUGCAGAGGCGACCGCGGCCCAGUCGCUCGGCCACUGUGCCACGCUACCUGCUGGACCUCUACCGGCUGCAGUCGGGCGAGGCUGAGGAGGCCGGCACCCACGACACCGCCUUUGAGUACCCCGAGAGGUCGGCUAGCCGCGCCAACACCGUGAGGGGCUUCCACCACGAAGAGCACAUGGAGCCGGUUCAUCCGGGCGAGUCUCAGACGAAGAACGGAGAGGCCAUCCCACUGCGCUUCCUCUUCAAUCUCAGCAACAUCCCAGAGGACGAGCUGCUCUCGUCGGCCGAGCUGCGUCUGUUCCGGCAGCAGAUCGACGAGGCCAUUACGGAAAGCGAGGGGGACAAGGAUCAGCUCCACCGGAUAAACGUGUACGAGGUGCUGAAGCCCCCGCGGGCCGGGCAGCUAAUCACGCGGCUUUUGGACACACGGCUGGUGCACCAUAACGCCUCGCGCUGGGAGAGCUUUGACGUGAGCCCCGCCGUGCUGCGCUGGACACGGGAGCGCCUGCCCAACUACGGGCUGGCCGUGGAGGUCCAGCACCUCAACCAGACACCACGCCACCAGGGCCGCCACCUGCGCAUCAGCCGCUCGCUGCACCAGGAGCCCGGGGAGGACUGGGAGCAGCUACGCCCCCUGCUGGUCACCUUCGGCCAUGACGGCAAGGGCCACCCGUUGACGCGUCGGACCAAGCGCAGCCCAAAGCAGCGGGGGCGUAAGCGCAACCGCAACUGUCGCCGUCAUGCUCUCUACGUGGACUUCAGCGAUGUAGGCUGGAAUGACUGGAUAGUGGCGCCCCCAGGGUACCAGGCAUACUACUGCCAUGGGGAAUGUCCCUUCCCCCUGGCAGACCACCUGAACUCUACCAACCACGCCAUUGUUCAGACGUUGGUGAACUCGGUGAACACCAACAUUCCCAAGGCCUGCUGCGUGCCCACGGAGCUCAGUGCCAUCUCCAUGCUCUACCUGGACGAACACGACAAGGUGGUCCUAAAAAACUACCAGGAAAUGGUUGUGGAAGGGUGUGGCUGCCGCUAACACUGACUAUGGGCAACUUGAGGCAGGCCGCACGGACGCUAAGAAAAAUCUUAAGGCCCCACCUUACUCCCAAAAAUCUUCACUUGGACCCUUAUUUAUAACUUUUCUGUUGAGACGUAUGUUCGUCAUUUUUAUUUUCUCUUGACAAUAUGAUCAUAUAUUUUGACAAUAUAUAUAUAUAUAUAUAUAUAUAUAUAUAUAUAUAUAUUUAUAUCUACAUAUAAAAAACAAGUGAGUCCUUAUUUUAAACAUAAAUAAAAAGCUGUACAACUUUUCAUAAUGUAUAUUAGAUUGUAUAAGGGUUUUUUAAAAGAGAAAAUAGUUUUAAAAAAAUCUAAAAAGUAAAGUUUAUUUACUGGUAAUAUUUAUUGCUUUGAUAUUAUACACAUACAAAAAAAUAAAAACAAAUUGCCUUCCAAUAUUACAUUGUAGCAGAUCACAAGAAACACCAAUUGUGUACUUAAAUUAGAGCACUGUGUGAAAUUAUCACUUAACUGAUUUGUUAUGAAUCAGUUGAAGUAUGAUAAAUGUACAUUGAUUUUAAUUAACCUUUAUACAUUUAUCUUUAAACCAGUUAUUUUAUUAGAUAGGUCCCUUGAGUUGGAAUCAGUUUUAUAUUCUUUUGAAAAAAAAAUCUGAUAACAUGGGUUGUGAAAAAUGAAACGUUGAGAGAAAAAAUGACUGUUUUAUAUGAAUUUGGAUUGAACACAUUUGCAUCUGAUACUUAGCCCGAUGGCUAUUUGAAAAUGUACUCAAGUAAUUGUUACAAUUCAUGAUAACAGAGGAAUAUUUCUGAUACUCUGUUGCUUUCAAAUAAAAUAAUGUUCGGUUUCA